AUGCACGCGAAAAACCAUCCUCAAGCUCGUUUUCAGUCUAUUCUCAGUCCGGUUUGGUGUACUUUUGCCGUGUAGAAAAUGUGUAUUUUGUGUAUCGAAAGUGUUUAGAUUCGGUGCAAGGUGCUCAAAAUCAGCAUUGGCACGUGGACGAUCAUUUGAAGGUAGAAGGAGGUGGAGAACAAAUCAUCACUUUGCACCGUGAGUCUCCAUCCCAGCAACCGAACCAAGCAAGGAAGCACAUCGAGAGACUACCCCCGACGACACACCAACACAUGCAUCCUCUGUAGAGGCAACAAAAAACCAAAAACGAAACACAAUCAUCAAGGGGGUCAUUCGCUGGUGUAAAUCUAUAGCACGUACAGCGGCAGUGACAGUUGAAACUGGCGCACUCUGAUGGUGUGUUUUGGUACCAGUACAGUACAUAGCAGAGAAGAGCUUACGAAACGCUUGAGUGCUCGGGUGUGAGUGAAAGGCACCCGACUGCUCUUGUGGUGGUGCUUCCCAGUUCCCUUUGCGCACGUGCACGUGUGUGUUUGUGUAAUAGCGUGCGGCAAUGAUCGCCAGCGCCGCGGUGGGAGUGUGAGGUGGAAAACAAGCAGCAUAACCCCCUCUGGUGGAUGAAAAUUUCUGUGUUCUCGGUGUAUACAGAGUCGAAGUGUGUGCAGCGGUCGGUUUCUUCUGACUAGGGGUGCGAAGACGGGAACCAGGGGAAGCGAAAUUUUAUUUUAUGCGUAGUUGUGAGUGAAGAUUCCCGACGCACGUGUGAGUGUAUGUGUUUGCGUGUAUGUUGCCAGCAGCGAGGUGCCGUUUUUUUUUUUCGAACUGUGUGAAUUGAGGCUUCAGGUUUUCAGUGGAUAAGCAGUAGCAGAAGCAAACGCAUCUCGCGCGAGUAAUACCGUGUAGAAAUUGACGGAGUGAAGCGUACACGCGUCGUCGUCGUCGUCGUUGUUGUCGUCGUCGCCGUUUUCGACCUCCAUUCGCAAACAACUAAGAAGAAGUAAUAUUGAACGGAAUUAUCGGUAUUUUUUCGGACUAGCACGGGUGAAAACAAAAAACCAAGCAAAACCUACAACUUGGCCCUGGAUCCACGGUGUGUCGAUCGCGAUCGUCCGUGGCAUUGAGUGUCGUACCCCUUCUUGUGGGGAGGCUGAAAAUUGCAACAAGAAAAAAGAUGACCUCCUGAAACGAGUAGCCGGGAUUGCAUUAGUAAAACAAACAAAUAGCGGUGGCUCUUAGUAAUGAUUACUAAAAAGUGAAAUAUGUCCGAACCGGACCGUCACCGUCUUCUUCGUCAUCGGAAGUGAACACAGCAAACAACAAACAGUGAAGCAACUGCUGCGGCGUCUUGCGGAGUGUAGUACUACAUACCCUUGAAUAUUUGUUCUGGAAGUUGGAUAAGAAAAUACAACAACAACAACAACUCGGCAUCGGAAUCGGAAUCGGGAGUUGUUUGUGGCGUUUCGAUAAGAGGAAAUUUUUACUGUCGCGAGUGUCACAUUUUGUUAGUGUGUGAAGUGUGUCGUAUGAAUAUCGUGCACCCACGAAUGUUUGUGUUGUGUGGCAGUAACCAGUUGAGAAGAUUCAAGAAUCAGGAGUGCAGAGAGAUCUGCUAGGAAUUGCAGGCAGGCAGGCAGCCGAAGAAGAAACCCGCGUCGAGUUCGUCGUCGCGAUCAGUAGAUUUUGGAUAAGCACGGGGAAGAUAUUUAAGUGUUAUCAAAAUGUAUGCUAAAGGAAAAGGGACAGCGGUGCCAUCGGAUGCACAAGCUAGGGAAAAAAUUGCACUUUAUGUAUAUGAAUAUUUAUUACACGUAGGAGCAUCGAAAGCAGCACAAACAUUCUUAUCGGAGAUACGGUGGGAGAAGAAUAUCACACUAGGCGAACCUCCGGGCUUCCUGCACUCGUGGUGGUGCGUAUUUUGGGAUCUCUACUGUGCGGCACCGGAACGACGGGACACCUGCGAGCAUUCAUCCGAGGCCAAAGCAUUUCAUGAUUACGGUUUCGUGAGUUCAGGCUACGGAGUGAACGGAAUAGCACACAAUGCCGGUCCAGCGCCGAGUCCGCUGGGACAGUUACCACCAAACGAGGGCAUGCCAGGCGGCCCGAUGGCACCAGCCGGCUUCUUCCCGAACUCCUCAAUUAGGCCAUCACAACCUUCACAUCCUAGUAGUGGGCAGUCCCCACACCCACAACCACCAAACUCGCAUGGACAGAUGAUGAGCGGCCAGCCAUUCAUGGGAGGUCCCCGAUAUCCAACGGGUCCCCGGCCCGGAGUCCGAAUGCCGCAAGGAAUUGGAAACGAUUUCAAUGGUCCCCCUGGACAACCAAUGAUGCCAAAUAGUAUGGAUCCCACGCGGCAAGGUGAAGCUGGAGACUUUGUAGCAUGGCAAGGCCCCCCAGGAAUGGGUCCGAUGAAUCCUAGAAUGAACCCACCUCGCGGGCCCGGCAUGGGUCCCAUGGGCGCCGGUACGUACGGGCCGGGUAUGCGUGGCCCCCCGCCGAACAGCAGUCUGGGCCCGGGUGGUAUGCCCCCGAUGGGCAUGGCCGGCGGACGGCCCCAGUGGCAACCCAAUACGUCAUCGCCCAUGAACUAUUCAUCCUCGUCACCCGGUAACUACGGUGGUCCACCAGGACCGAGCGGACCGCCCGGUCCCGGAACGCCCAUCAUGCCAUCACCUCAAGAUUCAUCCAACUCCGGCGGCGAGAACAUGUACACACCAAUGAAACCCGAAUUUCCCAUGGUCGGCGGUUCGGACGGUAGCGGCCCGAUGGGCGGUCCCAUGGGCCCGAACUCGAUGGGUGGCCCGGUACUUAACAACGACGGUCUGGACGGUAUGAAGAACAGCCCGGCGAAUGGUCCUGGCACGCCCCGGGAAGACUCCGGCAGUGGCAUGGGCGAUUACAACCUCGGUGGCUUCGGUGGACCCGGAGAGAAUGAUCAAACCGAGUCGGCCGCUAUACUCAAGAUCAAGGAAAGCAUGCAGGAAGAGGCGAAACGCUUCGAAAAAGAUUCCGACCAGCCCGACUACUACAUGCAAUAACAUCCUCCUCCUAGCGUUUCGACUACUGCUUUUACUACUACUACUAUUACUACUACUACGACAUCAUCUACUACCGCAAAAACAACCACUACUUCUUCUUCUGUUGAUGAGCCUACUACGCCUACUGGUACUGAUGUCAUGUCAGCAAUUCCCGCAACUGUCACUUCCACCACCCAAAGCAACUGAGUUUCUCGUCUGUUCUACCUAUUUUU